AUGACCAGUGCACGCCGCCACUCCUCCACCGGUCCCAGAGCAGGUGCUCUGGUCAGCCCAGGCCUGGCCCUCCUCUUGUCCCUCACAGCCCACUGCUCCAGCACCCAGGCCAACAGCACCCCCCGGGCAGCGCUGGCUGCCACGGCUGACCCGUGGGCUAGGGCCAACGCUGCCCUCCUGCACGACUUUUGGUGCCAGCCAGCCAGCCAGCUACCCCGGGAGCAGCUCUCAGCUCUGGUCAGGAGCCUGGCCUCGAAGCGGGUACCCCUCAAAGCCUGGCAGCUCAGCUGCCUGGCCAACCUCGCUGCGCGGCUCGGCCUCCAGGAGGACUUUGCCCUGCACCCUCCUGACCUCCUGCUCUUCUACAACCUGAGCCAGGUGAGGGCAGCUGACUGCCGGGCCUUCACCCACCGCGCCACACAGGGGGACCCAGAGCUGCUGGCCAACCUGCCUGACCAGAGGGCUGCCUUGCAGCAAACCGCCUGGACCUGCCUGGGCGGGCCCCACCUGCGGCUCAGUGCCUCAGACCUGGUUCUCCUCGGGGCCCUGGUAUGUGACAUGGACGCAGCCAGCAUCCAGACCUCGGACCCGAGCGUGCUGCAGAACCUGCUACGCUGCCCCCGGCUGACCGCUGCCCAGGCAGCUGCCCUCAACACCCUCCUAGCCAGCGGGAGGACCCUGCUUGGGCCUCCUGGCUCCUGGAAGCUGGAGGGGCUGCAGGCCCUGGGACCCCUGGCUGCCUACGUCAGCCCGCGCCUGUGGGAGCAGGUGCAGGAGGCCGUGGCCCUGGACUUCUUCCAGAGUGUGGUGGCCGCCUGCCGGGCAGGGAGGCUCAGACAGAGAGAUGCCAGGCGCUUUGUCACCAGCUUCCUGGAGGCCAAGUCCCCCUCCGUGUCCUCGAGGCCCAAGCGGGGCACAGGGAGAUCCUGUGUCCGGGGUAACAUCACGGCGGCCACGCUGCGGGAUGACCUCUUCCUGGUGCAUUAUGACUGCGCGCAGCUGGGGGCCUGCCUGGGCUACCCGGUGCUCAGGGCCAACCUGAACCCCCUGCUGCAGCACCCCCUGCCCGCCGAGUGCCAGCGCGUGGUCAAGGCCAAGCUGAGCCAGAUCUACCCGGGCGGCAUUCCUGAGGACCAGCUGCGUCUCAUCACCUCUCUGGUUUACCUCUACUCCCUUGCGGAGAUAAGCCGGUGGAACAUCACGUCCAGAGACACAGUCAUGGCCCUGCUGGCCUCGGACGGGGCCCUGCAGAACCAGACGGAGGCCGUCUUACAGAAGUUCCUGGACCACAAUGGCACGGUCACCGGUGCCCUGCUGGUAGCCAUCGGGGGCUCUCGCCUCUGCUGGAUGAGUCCGCUGCAAAUCCAGGCUAUCCGGCCCUCCGAGCUCCGGCUGGCUGGGGCCCUGGACAUCUCCUCCUGCCCUCAGAGCCGGAAAAACGUGCUCUUCGCCAAGGCCCGGGAGGCCUUCAGCAGUACUAGGAGCACAGAGGAAUACUACCCCUACAUACGUCCCUACCUGGGUGGCGCGUCUGUGGAUGAGCUACAACACCUAGUCCAGGCCAACGUCUCCAUGGACAUCGACACCUUCACCAACCUCAACCCCAGCGUGCUGCAGAGCCUGAGCGUGGGCACCGUGACCUCGCUGCUGGGCCAGAACGUGGGGGACCUGCAGAAGGCCCGCAGCCACCCCACCAUCAGCUCCUGGCUGCGCAGCCUCAGUGGGUCAGCCCUGAGGAAGCUGGGCCUGGACACCAACCCCAGCAGCCCCAGCCCUGGCCUCGGGACGCCCCAGCCCUCCUGGACCACGCACCUGGCACUCCACCUGGCCCCCACCUCAGGCCUGCCCGAGAGUGAAGCCGGAGCCCCAGCCUCAGGCAGCUUGCCGGUCCUCUGGAGAUACCUGCCACUCCCCGUGGCCCUGCCCUCCGGCCUCCUGUGGCUGCUGCUGUAAUGGACGGCUCUGAGCUGUGCACCGGGCAUCAGGACCCCGGCCGCUGUGGGCAGCCCUGCCCCCACACAGCCAGGCUCACAAAGCUGCUAGCCUAGCCGA